AUGGUCUUUUGGGUUACUGGGAGAAUUCUUUCUCUUGCAGAGAGUGGACUUUUCCUACAAUUGCUGCUCGAAGGGAGCUAUAAGCCCAUGUUCUUACAGCCAGUGACUCAAAGGAUCUUCAAUUCAACGUCAGUGACUGAAGAAAAGAUUGACAUCUAUCUGGAAAAGCGGAUAGUAACCUUCCUGGAUGACUCAACAGAUUUUGAGAAAUGGGAAAGAGAGCAGCUGAUCUUUCUCCUCGGGGUGAGCAGUUUGCAGCUGUUUGUCCAGAGUAACUGGACGGGGCCUCCCGUGGACUUGCACCCUCAGUGUCUUUUGUCCGGACAGUUCAGUGAGGCCAAAGAGUUUGAUGCAGUUGUUCUGAAUUUGCUCAUUCUAGAUGGUGAAUCAAUCUACAGCCUAACCUCAAACCCUAUACUGCUGUUAUUAGCCCGCAUCAUCUUAGUGAAUAUAAGGCAUAAACUGACAGCUAUUCAGAGCGUGCCCUGGUGGACUCUGCGAUGUGCGACUGUUCAUCAGCAGCUGCUGGAGGAGCGCUCGCCCCAGCUGCUCGCUCUUGCCGAACUCUGUAUCGACCAAGUGAUGAAACAAGAGAAUUUGUUUGUAGGUGACUCAGGUCGAUAUCUGGCUACUCAGUUCCAUCUGGAAUGUGCAUAUAUAUUUUUAUAUUAUUAUGAGUAUCAGAAAGCAAAAGAUCAAUUCAAUGUUGCUAAAGACAUCACCAAAUUACAAAUCAAUUUAACAGGUGCUUUGGGAAAAAGGACGCGGUUUCAAGAAAAUUAUGUAGCACAACUUAUUCUUGAUGUAAGACGAGAAGGAGAGGUCUCUGCAGAUUGUGAUUUAAGUCCAGUACCCACCCCUAAGGAUCAGUUAACCAUGAAUCUUGAACUCAAUGACGAUACUGUUCUGAAUGAGAUACAGUUAGCCGAUUGUGAACAGUUUCAGAUGCCCGACCUAUGUGCCGAAGAGCUUGCUGUCAUCCUGGGAGUUUGCACACAUUUACAAAAGAAUAAUCCCGUUCACAAGUUAACUGAAGAGGAGCUGUUGGCAUUUACAUCUUGUUUGCUUUCACAGCCAAAAUUCUGGGCCAUCCAGACAUCAGCUUUGAUCCUCCGGACAAAACUUGAGAGAGGAAGCACACGCCGAGUGGAACGGGCUAUGAGACAGACACAGGCUCUUGCAGACCAAUUUGAAGAUACAACGACCUCGGUACUGGAACGACUGAAGAUUUUCUAUUGCUGCCAGGUACCACCUCACUGGGCCAUUCAGCGCCAGCUUGCAAAUUUACUCUCUCAGCUGGGAUGUACCAGUUCAGCCCUUCAGAUAUACGAGAAACUGGAAAUGUGGGAAGACGUUGUCGUUUGUUUUGAAAGAGUCGGACAGCACGGGAAGGCAGAAGAAAUCCUAAGGCAAGAGCUGGAGAAAAAGGAAACGCCGAGUUUAUACUGCUUGCUUGGAGACGUCCUUCGAGAACACUCGUACUAUGACAAGGCGUGGGAGCUGUCCGGUCACCGCAGUGCCCGGGCCCAGCGCUCCAAAGGCCUCCUCCAUCUCCGGAACCGGGAGUUUAGAGACUGUGUGCAGUGCUUCGAGCGCUCGGUGGAGAUAAACCCCAUGCAGCUUGGGGUGUGGUUUUCUCUGGGCUGUGCCUACUUGGCCCUAGAAGACUAUGGCGGGUCAGCGAAGGCCUUUCAGCGUUGUGUGACCCUAGAACCCGAUAAUGCUGAAGCUUGGAACAAUUUAUCAACUUCCUAUAUCAGAUUAAAGCAGAAAGUAAAAGCUUUUAGAACUUUACAAGAGGCUCUCAAGUGCAACUAUGAACACUGGCAGAUCUGGGAAAACUACCUCCUCACCAGCACAGAUGUCGGGGAGUUCUCCGAAGCCAUGACAGCGUACCACCGGCUCUUGGACCUGCGGGACAAAUACAAGGAUGUCCAGGUCCUUAAAAUUCUGGUCAGGGUGGUGAUUGAUGGGGUGGCUGAUCGGAGUGGAGAAGUUGCAACCAGCCUCAAAGGGAAGCUGCAGGAGUUAUUUGGCAGAAUAACUUCAAAGGUGACCAAUGAUGGCGACAUCUGGAGGCUCUAUGCCCAAGUCUGUGGCAAUGGGCAGAGUGAGAACCCUGAUGAAAAUGACAAGGCAUUCCACUAUCUCUCGAAGGCCUACAAAUGCGACACACAAUCCAACUGUUGGGAGAAAGAUGUGACGUCAUUUAAGGAAGUGGUUCAGAAAGCCAUAGGACUUGCACAUGAGUGUGGCCCGAUGCCCCUCACAGACAGGAAAGUGCUUCUUGAAGACUGUUACUGGAGGACUCACGGAAGUCUCUCCAGCGCUCGGAUCCCCACUCGCCUUAUCUGCAACCCGUCCGCAUCCGCAGCACACUGGAAUAUUACAAAGAUCAAACAAGAGGAUGCUUGGAAAGUGAACAAGUUCCGUAGACGUAAUGAACGAGAAGGGUUAUCUUAG